AUGGCCAGGCGGGUAUCAGUGUCGGAGCUGGAGCAGCACAGCACCAAGGAGAGCGUGUGGCUCGUGGUAAACGAGUGGGUCUACGAUAUGACCAACUUCGCAACGGAGCAUCCAGGUGGCGCCGACAUCAUCUACCAACAUGCCGGCCGCGAUGCUUCUAUCAGCUACAAUGAGAUCCAUGCCCCCUCGCUAAUCAAGAAAACUCUGAACGAGGCUGAGCAUGUUGGCAUAUUGGAUCGAUCAACCGCGCCGGAGGGAUGGGGUACUCCGGUAGGCCAGCCCCAACAGCUGCAGCGCAGCAGCGGUGAUGAGAAAGUGCCCUUAGACAACAUCAUCAACCUGUACGACUUCGAGGAGGUGGCGAGACGGACAUGGCCGGAGAAGUCCUGGGCCUACAUCAACGGGGCCUCCAAUGACAACAUAACCCGUGACGCCAACAGCAGCAUUUUCCAAAAGAUCUGGCUUCGGCCGGCUAUCAUGAGGAACGUGGCCACCGUCAGCAGCGCGACCACGCUCUUCGGUGUCCAGCUCGAUAUGCCCCUCUACAUUACCCCGACAGGGACCGCCAAGACAGCCGGACCUGAAGGCGAGUUGGCAUUGACCAAAGCCGCCUCUGCCAAGGGCUCAAUUCUUUGCAUGUCGACGCCCACUUCAUUCCCGCACGACGAAAUCCUUGCUGCCACGCCCCAACAGGCCUUCUUCCAGUUGUACGUCAACAAGGAUCGACAGAAGUCAGAAGAGGCAGUUCGGAAGGCCGAAGCCACGGGCAAGGUCAAGGCUUUGUUCGUUACCGUGGACUUGCCUGUGAUAUCCAAGCGCGAAGCUGAUGAGCGGGCCAAGUUCGAUGCAUCGACGAUGAAUGUCAAGGCCGGGGGGAUGUCGGCGACUGCGGAUCGGAAAGGAGCAGGGCUAGCGCGACUGAAUUCGUCCUUCAUAGACUCUUCACUUAGCUGGGACGAUAUCGCGUGGCUCAAUCGCAUCACGAAGUUGCCGCUCGUGCUGAAGGGCAUCCAGCGCUGGGAAGACGCGAAACUGGCGCAAGAACACGGUCUGCAGGGCAUCGUGCUGAGCAAUCAUGGCGGCCGCGCCGCUGACACGGCCAGCCCGGCAAUCGUGACGCUAUUGGAGUUGCACAAGAACUGUCCCGAGGUCUUUGACUCGAUGGAGGUGCUGGUAGACGGAGGCAUCCGUCGAGGGUCGGAUGUGGUAAAGGCAGUCUGUUUGGGUGCAUCUGCCGUUGGCAUAGGGAGACCGUUCCUGUACGCCAACAAUUAUGGUCAGGAAGGAGUUGAGUACGCUUUCGACAUUCUACGAGACGAGAUCCAUACCGCGAUGCAGCUAUGUGGACUCACAGACCUGAUGAGGGACGCGAGUGCCCAGUACGUUAACACGGGCGAGGUCGAUGGACUGGUCAGGAAAGGCGGGCAUCCAUAUAUCAGGGACCGAAGGCGGCUGAAGGCUAAUCUAUGA